CUCUUUUUCAUUAGACAAUUAAAUUGUUUUUUAAUUGUGAUUUGAUUUUGUAGUCAAGGAAGAAAUUGGAACAGUUAAACUUGUCGAAUAUAUUUUGUUCUUUUCCAUUUUGUUCUGUGAUUUUGUUUUCUCUUUUAAUUCUAUAGAUGGAUCCAUGGGUUUUUCGUUUGUGAAAUAUUUUCUUCCCUUUGGUAAACGCAAUCUCUUUUUCUUUCAAGGAAAAUGUGCAAGACGAUCAAUAUAUUCAGUGUAUUCAUUUUGGUAAUUCUCAUCAUAUAAUACGCAUGUAUUUAGGUUUAUCAAAUGUUGGAAAAGUUGUCAUUCAUUGUAAAUCCGAGGAUUUCAAUACGGCACUUAUCAUCUUUAAAUAUCACCAUUCCACCACAAAAUGGAGCAAAGUAAGUGUGCUUGCUGUCUUCGACAAUUUUCAUCCAUGUUGGCCAAGACACGUUAAAGUCAGUAUCACGUCUGCUUUCUAUUUUGACAAGGCCUCAGCGCUGGAAGUGGUAUCAGCCGUUGAUGUAGAUAAUGGAAGAGGACCACCUCCAGCGCCCCCCGGUUCUGGACCAGGGCAAUAUCCUAUUAGUACCAGAGGAGGAGGAGGUUAUCAUUUAUGUGAUCAUCAAAUCGGAAGUCAUGGGCAUCACCAUGGACUAGCCGAUAGAAAUUACAACAGUUAUCGAAGUAGUGGUGGUUUAUAUGGUUGUACCAGCAGCCGAGAACCUAGAAUUAAUAUUAGAAAAGAUUAUAUUAUUGGCCAAGGUAUUAAUACAAGUAGUAACUUAAACAAUAGCAGUAGCACCAAUCGACGAACCAGUACGGGUCUGGGUUUACUUGGUGGACCUAAUUAUACUAGUUGCAUUAUUACUGGACGACAUCACUCAACCCCAGUUGCCUCCUCGGUGGUUAACUCAUCUCAUCCACCCCCUCCCAUACCUCCACAACCACCACCUUCCUUAUUACCCCCACCUCCACCAACAGGUUCGUCCAUUGUACCUCAUCAUCAUCAUCAUCAUCAUACUCAUCAUCAUACAAAAACUCAACCACCACCACCACCACCUCCCCCACCUCUAACAGCAUCUCAAAAUUUACCACCGCCUCCGCCCUCGAAUGCUAUUAUUGGUAACACUGCCCACUGUAACUCUGAUACCAGAACAGGUUCUACCUUUGAUUCCCGUUAUUAUGGUGUUAUGAACACUGGGGCAAUUGAUCCUUCCUUGCCACGAACAAGAAGCUCAUCUUACCGAAAAGGGCCUUGUUAUCAGGGAUACAAUGCUUCCAAUGCAACCUUAGAUUGUAGUGGGGUCGAUGGAAGUGAGAAUACAGUCCUGGCCAGUGGAAUGGACAUUGAUGAUCAAGAUGCUGAUCCAAAUCAUCCACAGAAUCCUUACCACCACCGGUCAUCAGGAAAUCCCCGGGUGAGAGCCUUAAAUCAAGUAAUAAGUCAACAGAGGAGGUCAUUAAGGUAUCGAUCAUCAUCACAACCAUUGAUGAAAGCAUCUUCCCUAAUUAUUGGGCUGGUGGCCGUAUUAAUCAUUGGUUUCAUAGUAUUAUCACCUCUCUUCCAUAUUUUGCUUCCCUGAAGAUAUAUAUAUAUAUAUUAAAAUAAAACAAAAAAAAACUAAAAUUAUAAAAUUAAAAA